UUUGCUUUUCUUACAUAGAUUUUGCUUGUUGUCUGUUUUCCUUUUUUUCUUCCUUUUAUUCCCCCUGACAUCUGAAUAUGUCUUAAUUUACCAACCCCAAAUGACCUUAGCAACUUAGAGUGAGGUAUUUGAAGGAAUUUGGAGGUAUUUGCAUAGAAGAGGUUGGCAUCAUUAAUUCAGGUGCAACAUUAAAUGGACAGCAGGUGUAUCCCAAAAAGCUUUUAUUCCCAAAAUAAGCAACGUAAACAAAACACACAAUUUCUAAUCUGAGGAGACUAUUUAAAGGUUUGUGUGUGUGUGUGAGACAGAGAGAGAGAGAGAGAGAGAGAGAGAGAGAGAGAGAUCAGAACAAUGGACAGGAUGUGCCAUUAACUUUCAAUUUCUCUCCAAAGUUGUGUGCCUGUGUUGAAAAGUAUUUUGUAUGUGAUUGAGUGGUGGCACGUUAGAAAGAUAAUGGUUUUGUCAUACAAGACCCUGCGUCUUUGUGACGCAAAUCUUACAUUUCAGUUAGUGAUAUGGUAAAACCUUUGAUUUCCCUCACUCUGACUGUGUUUCUGAAACUGGUUGGACUGGUUUUCAUGUUAUUUUGUUGUUUGUUUUGAGACUUGGACUGUGAAAUUGUGAGGGUGUGAUGGCGUCCUCAGCUCAGACCCUCACAGACACCAGGACUGAUGAGGAAGAAACGAGCAGCUCCUUCUCUCCCAGAGUUUCCUCCACACAUGAAGGGGGAAAGUGUCUGGGAGAAAAAAUGGCGACACCUCAAGAGGUCCUCUUCAGAACUUUAGAAGAUUUGGGAGCUGAGGACUUUGAAAAAUUCAAAUGGUUCCUGCAAGGGGUGCUAGAAGGCCUCCCAGCAAUCCCAAAGAGUCGACUGGAGAGUACAAACCGGAUGGAAACCAUAGAUCAGAUGUUUCAGACCUACAGUCUAAACACGAUUAAAGUGACCAGAACAGUUUUAGUGAAGAUAAAUCAAAAUGAACUAGUGAAGAAAUUAUCAAAAACCUCUUUCGAUCCUGAAGAGAUUCUUGCUGAGUGCCAGAGAAAACUCAAAACCAAAUUACAAAAGAAGUUCCAGUCUGUGUUUGAGGGGAUCACUAAAGCAGGAAACCAGACCUUUCUGAAUCAGAUCUACACAGAGAUCUACAUCUUAAAGGGAGAAGCUGCAGAGGUCAAUGUUGAACAUGAGGUCAUACAGAUUGAAACAGCAUCCAGGAAACCAGACAGACCAGAAACAAGAAUCAGACAAGAAGACAUCUUUAAAGCCUUACCAAGAAGAGAUAAACCAAUCAGAACAGUGCUGACAAAGGGAGUGGCUGGCAUUGGGAAAACAGUCUUAACACAGAAGUUCACUCUGGACUGGGCUGAAGACAAAACCAAUCAGGACAUCCACUUCACAUUUCCAUUCACUUUCAGAGAGCUGAAUGUGCUGAAAGAGAAAAAGUUCAGCUUGGUGGAACUUGUUCAUCGCUUCUUUCCUGAAACCAAAGCAGCAGGAAUCUGCAGGUUUGAAGAGUUCCACAUUGUGUUGAUCUUUGACGGUCUGGAUGAGUAUCGACUUCCUCUGGACUUCCACAACACUGAGAUCCUGACUGAUGUCACAGAGUCCACCUCAGUGGAUGUGCUGUUGACAAACCUCAUCAGGGGGACACUUCUUCCCUCUGCUCGCCUCUGGAUAACCACACGACCUGCAGCAGCCAAUCAGAUCCCUCCUGACUGUAUUGUCAUGGUGACAGAGGUCAGAGGGUUCACUGACCCACAGAAGGAGGAGUACUUCAGGAAUAGAUUCAGAGAUGAGGAGCAGGCCGGCAGAAUCAUCUCCCACAUCAAGACAUCACGAAGCCUCCACAUCAUGUGCCACAUCCCAGUCUUCUGCUGGAUCUCUGCUGGAGUUCUGGAGAAGCUGAUGAAAACCAGAGAGGGAGGAGAGCUGCCCAAGACCCUGACUGAGAUGUACAUCCACUUCCUGGUGGUUCAGUCCAAACAGACAAACGUCAAGUAUCAUGGGAAAUUUGAGAGGGAUCCACACUGGAGUCCAGAGAACAGGGAGAUGAUUGAGUCUCUGGGAAAACUGGCUUUUGAUCAGCUGCAGAAAGGAAACCUGAUCUUCUAUGAUUCAGACCUGACAGAGUGUGGCAUCGAUAUCACAGCAGCCUCAUUGUACUCAGGAGUGUUCACACAGCUCUUUAGAGAAGAGAGUGGAUUGUACGAGGACAGGGUGUUCUGCUUCAUCCAUCUGAGUGUUCAGGAGUUUCUGGCUGCUCUUCAUGUCCAUCUGACCUUCAUCAACUCUGGAGUCAUUCUGAUAGCAGAAGCAAGAUGGUGGUCCAGAGUCUUCAGAGACAAACCUGAACUAAAACAUCUCUACCAGAGUGCUGUGGACAAGGCCUUACAAAGUCCAAAUGGACACCUGGACUUGUUUCUCCGCUUCCUCCUGGGUCUUUCUCUGCAGACCAAUCAGAAUCUCCUACGAGGUCUGCUGACACAGACAGGAAGUAGCUCAGAGAUCAAUCAGAAUACAGUCCAGUACAUCAAGAAGAAGCUCAGGAAGAAUCCGUCUGCAGAGAAAAGCAUCAACCUGUUCCACUGUCUGAAUGAACUGAAUGAUCGUUCUCUAGUGGAGGAGAUCCAACAGUCCCUGAGAUCAGGAAGUCUCUCCACAGAUGAACUGUCUCCUGCUCAGUGGUCAGCUCUGGUCUUCAUCUUACUGUCAUCAGAAACAGAUCUGGACGUGUUUGACCUGAAGAAAUACUCUGCUUCAGAGGAGGCUCUUCUGAGGCUGCUGCCAGUGGUCAAAGCCUCCAACAAAGCUCUGUUAACUGGCUGUAAGCUCUCAGAGAGAAGCUGUGAGGCUCUGUCCUCAGUCCUCAGCUCCCAGUCCUCUAGUCUGAGAGACCUGGACCUGAGUAACAACGACCUGAAUGAUUCAGGUGUGAAGCUUAUGUCUGUUGGACUGAAGAAUCCACUAUGUGAACUAAAAACCCUCAAGGUAACUGGCUGUAAACUCUCAGAGAAAAGCUGUGAAGCUCUGUCCUCAGUCCUCAGCUCCCAGUCCUCUAGUCUGAGACACCUGGACCUGAGUAACAAUGACCUGCAGGAUUCAGGAGUAAAGCUUCUGUCUGUUGGACUGCAGAGUCAACUAUGUGAACUCAAAACUCUCAGUCUGUCAGGCUGUCUGAUCUCAGAGAAAGGAUGUUCAUCUCUGGCCUCAGCUCUGAGAUCCCAGUCCACUAAUCUGAGAGACCUGGACCUGAGUAACAACAACCUGAAGGAUUUAGGAGUGAAGCUUCUGUCUGUUGGACUGCAGAGUCCACUAUGUGUACUGAAAACUCUCAGUCUGUCAGGCUGUCUGAUGUCAGAUAAAGGCUGUUCUUCUCUGGCCUCAGCUCUAAGCUCCCAUUCCUCUAGUCUGAGAGACCUGGACCUGAGUAACAACAAUGUGAAGAAUUCAGGAGUGAAGCUUCUGUCUGUUGGACUACAAAGUCCACUAUGUGAACUAAAAACCCUCAGUCUGUCAGGCUGUCUGAUCUCAGAGGAAAGCUGUUCUUCUCUGGCCUCAGCUCUGAGCUUCCAGACCUCUAGUCUGAGAGACCUGGACCUGAGUAACAACAACCUGCAGGAUUCGGGAGUGAAGCUUCUGUCAGCUGGAAUGAAGAGUUCACUUUGUGAACUGAAAACCCUGAAGGUAACUGGCUGUAAAUUCUCAGAGAGAAGCUGUGAAGCUCUGUCCUCAGUCCUCAGCUCCCAGUCCUCUAGUCUGAUAGACCUGGACCUGAGCAUCAACAACCUGCGGGAUUCAGGAGUAAAGCUUCUGUCUGUUGGACUGCAGAGUCCACUAUGUGAACUGAAAACUCUAAGUGUGUCAGGCUGUCUGAUCUCAGAGGAUGGCUGUUCUUCUCUGGCCUCAGCUUUGAGCUCCCAGUCCUCUCGUCUGAAAAACCUGGACCUGAGUGACAACAACCUGAAGGACUUAGGAGUGAAGCUUCUGUCUGUUGGACUGCAGAGUCCACUAUGUGUACUGAAAACUCUCAGUCUGUCAGGCUGUCUGAUCUCAGAGGAAGGCUGUUCUUCUUUGGCCUCAGCUCUGAGCUCCAACCCCUUCCAUCUGAGAGAGCUGGACCUGAGCUACAAUCAUCCAGGAGACUCAGGAGUGAAGCUACUGGAGGAUGCACGCUGCAGACUGGACAUUCUCAGGGUGGACCAUGGUGGAGAGCACAGGUUAACACCUGGUCUGAGAAAGUAUUUCUGUCAACUCACACUGGACACAAACACAGCACACAGAGAGCUCAAACUGUCUGAGAACAACAGGAAGGUGACACGUGUUGGAGAGGAUCAGUCAUAUCCUGAUCAUCCAGAGAGAUUUGACUCCUGUUCUCAGCUGCUGUGUAGAGAUGGUCUGACUGGUCGCUGUUACUGGGAGGUCGAGUGGAGAGGAAGAGUUCAUGUAGCAGUGAGUUACAGAGGAAUCAGCAGGAAAGGAGGCAGUGAUGACUCUGUAUUUGGAUGUAACGACCAGUCCUGGAGUCUGAGCUGCUCUUAUUAUGGUUACUCUGUCAGGCACUAUGACAGAAAAACAGUCCUCUCCUCCUCCUCCUCCUCCUCCUCCUCCUCCUCUGGUAGAAUAGGAGUGUAUGUGGACUGUCCUGCUGGCUCUCUGUCCUUCUACAGAGUCUCCUCUGACUCACUGAUCCACCUCCACACCUUCAACACCACAUUCACUGAACCUCUUUAUCCUGGGUUUGGGUUCGGGGUCCUGUCCUAUGACUCCUCAGUGUCUCUGUGUUCUCUUUAGGACGGAGACGACUUCCUGUCCUGUGGUCUGAAUGUUGGAUGAAGCUUCACUUUGUUUAACAUUUGAUUCUCUGAAUCUUUCUUUAAUGUCACAAAUGUUUUCCUAUUAUAAAUGGUGAAAUUAUCUCAGGGCUGAACUCUCAUUUUUUCUCUUGAAUCCAGUUUUUUUUGGAGCAGCGUCUUGUAGCUGCUAAUGUCUGUCGUGAUUGAUCUCAAUAAAGGUUUAAAGACUCACGAGAACAGCAGCUUCUAACAAAUGUAAAUCUGAUUCUGUUUUAAAGAGGAAUAAAGACAUUACCUU